AUGCCUCCAUACUAUGUUGAGUAUCUUGUAGGAAAUGGGAUCUCUGAUAUGCAAGGAGAAAUACCACAUGACACUAGUGAAAUACCACAUGACACUAGUGGAAUCGGAUGCAGUUUUACAUCUGAAGGAUUUUUUCUUAGCAUGGAAGCCCAUCAGGUUAGACAAUCAAGGCGUCAACAUGAAGAAAUAUUGGAAAACAAUUUCAGAAAUACACAACAUCAAAUAUGCUAUCAGAAGCAAGGGACAGAAGAAGGGCUAGAUACUGCUGCUCAACACAAGCCAAACAUGUCAGGCAUCACCACAUCAUCCAGUACAUAUAUGAGACAGAAGGCCACUGAUGCAGAUCGUUUGACAAAUUCAUACUUGACAGGAGAAAUUCUCAAUAGACAGAUUCUUGAGUCGCUGGUUCAUAAUUGA